AUGAAUCUUUUGAACCAACCGCUAUCAUGGGACCCUAAUCUCUACGGGUGGAACCCAAGUCAAAACACGGAUGGGAUGGGGUCGUCUCAAGCGUUUGGGUCGGCUCAAGCUUUCGGCUCCCCACUACGCGAACCCGAUGUUGUUCCGGAGACGCAACCCGAGGUACCGGAUACGCAACCGGAGACGCAAAAAGGAAAAGGAAAAGCAAAACGGGCACAUAAAAAGAAGGUGGAAACCAACACCCGAGCGAAAAAAAAUGUGAUAACGUGGGAGCCCGAAGAGGAGUAUGCGUUAACCCGCGCUUUUAUCGAUGUUUCGGAGGACCCGGUCAUAGCAAACAAUCAAAGUAAAACCGUAUUUUGGAACCGAAUACGAGAACUCUUUUUCGAGCUCAUAGGUAGAGGAGAGGAAUACCGCCUACCGGACUCUAUAUCGGGGAAGUGGACCGAUAUAAACAAGAAGUGCACAAACUUUCAAACCGUGUACCAACGCUUGUAUUCCGGAUGGAAAAGUGGAAGUAGCGAUGAAGACAUUACGCAAGAGGGAAAUACACGGCCAUCAAAGAGGUCCAAAACAAACGAGUCGGGUGAACCCGAAACGCCAACCUCCGACGCUCGAAACAUCGGCUUGAACGAGGAAAUUCCGGAUGACGAGCCGGUGGAGGAGCUACCAAGACCGCCCGGAAGAAAAAGCCGGGCGAGAAAACCCGAGUCGUCGUCGAUGUCUAUGAGAACGGAUAUGAGUAACGCAUUUUCGGAGAUAAACAAGCGGCUUCAAGACAUACACGAACUCGGUAACAAACGUUUGGAGGAGAACCGCGAAGUUACGGAGAUUAUGCGGGAUCGACAAUGGGCUCACGACUUUGACUUCUACUCCAAACCGCAUGACCACUUAACGGGAAAAGCUUUGAAAAUGACGUUGGCACAAAAGGAGCGGAUUGAAAAAAAAUAUAAUCUUUGA